GUACAGAGCCCUGCGGGACUCCACUAACAACACUGGUCCAAUUAGAAAAUGUUCCAAUUAUUUCCAUAAUAUCUAAAUUCGUUCUCUUAUGAUUUCAGCUUCAAACAAUCUCUACAAAACAUAAAACAAAAAACAAUGAAUUAUUUCAAGAAACAACAGAUUGAUGAUAUAGAUAUUGAGAAAAACAAGACUGAUGAAGAAGAAGAACAAGAAGAAAAGAUGGAAGAACAAGAUUCCAAUAGAUCCGUCUUCGCCGUUCCGUGUCAAUCAUCACACUUUGCCUCACAAUCGAAUCUUUUUAUCUUAACAGUAUGUCCCGUCGCUGGAAUAGUAAUUGCGUCGUUGUUCGGCUUGUUAUGGGGCAAAUACAGUAGUUCACAAAUACUUGUUGGAGCUGUUGCGACACGGAUAAUAUUCUCCAUUGCCAGUUUAUUCAUUCCAAAUAAGGGAUUUUGGAUCUUAGUCAUCUUUAAAAGUGUAACGAGCUCAAUAAGAGGCGGCUAUAUGACGAAUGCACCCCUGAUCACCGCUGACCUUUUCUACAGAGAAACUCGAAUGAAACUACAGUGCAUCAUUUGUAUUCUUUAUUCUAUGGGAUGUGUCCUGGGGAGCAUUUAUGGACAAAAUAUGAUCACAUUUUUGAAUCCCAAUUGGCGCCCACAUACUGCUGGGAGUCCAAAAAGUAUGCGGCUUGGUGAUCAAUUCCUAAAAAAUACCCGAAGAAAGAAGCAUCAUGUCAAUAUAUUGGCUUUGAUUGUAAACGUGCAAUAUGAAUUACUCAACUGUGUGUCCACCAUCGUGGGAACUACAUUGGGCACAGUGAUCAGCCACUUUUUCAAAAAGACGAAUAUAAAAGCACAUCCGAACCUGUGCCUCAUAGGACUUUUCCUCGCUGCUCCCCUUCUCUGCGGGGGUAUUAUUUCCAUCAAGAGAGAUCUCUUCACAGCCCAAAUUCUCUUCCUUUUAAGUGGGAUUUUCUUGUCUCUGAACGAGAUCUCGACAAAUGAAAUUAUUAUGACAACAGUGAUUCCAAACCAGCUACAGUUGGGCAUAUUCGUAAAGUCAGUUGGAAAAUCAGCUGCAAAUAAUGGGGGUUCCAGUAAUUUCAAUAAGUCAACCAUUGUUGCUUUAUUUUCAUUGGAGACUAGUGCUAUUAGUGCCACUAGCUGGGAUGCUCUCUCAGACGAGUGUCCAGUGGUCAUGUGCACCUCAGAUAUACUGCCUUCGCAUUCAGUCUCUCUCGACGAAGAGAUGCUCCACUAUGAGAUAUCGUCUAGAAUAUCUCUCAAACUAAGUCGUGUCCGCUAUCUCACCUUCAAACAAUCUCUACAAAACAUCAAACAAAAAACAAUGAAUUAUUUCAAGAAACAACAGAUUGAUGAUAUAGAUAUUGAGAAAAACAAGACUGAUGAAGAAGAAGAAGAAGAAAAGAUGGAAGAACAAGAUUCCAAUAGAUCCGUCUUUCGCCGUUCCGUGUCAAUCAUCCUGGAUGCCGGAAUUUCCAUCGUUGCUCUGCUACUAAUAUUGUGUAUACGGUCCAGGAGUCCAAAAAUAUGCGGCUUGGUGAUCAAUCCUAAAAAAUACCCGAAGAAAAGAAGAAUGAGGGGCAAGAGAGAGAGAAAUGUGCUGUUUUGUGACUCAUUUGAUGCUCUAUCGUAUUUCAGCCGCAGCUUGAUUUGCUCCGUCACCGGUUAUGCAGCUGCUUCUUGUGUUAGCACAGGCAUAUUUAUGUGGGCCUUCUCCAUAAUGAAGAGAGUACACAAUGUGAACAAGCCGUGUAACUCAUUUAUCUGCACUUUGGAUUACAACGUGCAAUAUGAAUUGCUCAACUGUGUGUCCACCAUCGUGGGAACUACAUUGGGCACAGUGAUCAGCCACUUUUUCAAAAAGACGAAUCUAAAAGCACAUCCGAACCUGUGCCUCAUAGGACUUUUCCUCGCUGCUCCCCUUCUCUGCGGGGGUAUUAUUUCCAUCAAGAGAGAUCUCUUCACAGCCCAAAUUCUCUUCCUUUUAAGUGGGAUUUUCUUGUCUCUGAACGAGAUCUCGACAAAUGAAAUUAUUAUGACAACAGUGAUUCCAACCAGCUACAGUUGGGCAUAUUCCGUAAAGUCAGUUGGAAAAUCAGCUGCAAAUAACGGGGUUCCAGUAAUUUUCAAUAAGAUCUUUGUAAAAGUGAUAAAAGCCAACCAACAUUCUGAACUGUUCCAGAAUAGUAUGGAGUAUGUGAUCUUGAUUUGCCCAUUCAUGGCUUUGAUCGGCGCUGGCCUGUUUACAAUGACAACUAAAUAUAUUGAGGAUGAUGAGAAGGCAGUUCAGCAAUAUUUAAACCCACCAGACCUUGCGGAAGUUCUUGAAUCUUCAGACUGAAUGGCAUAUUACUUCCAUAGCCCAGGGGAAUGCUCUACUGUUUUAAAACAAAGACUCACAAGAAAAUGCCUUUUUUACAAAUCUUUAUUUUGUAUAUAUUUUUGUUAUAUAUUUGUUAUAGAAUAUACUGUAUAUUGUAUAUAUCUUUGUAUAUAAAUGUUUGUCAUGUAUAUUUUUAUAAUAAAAAUGAAUU